AUGGUACCACUGCCUCUCUUCAAGCUCGCCGCGCUGUUCGUGCGGCACGUGUCCAAGUAUGGCGCCAACCAAAUAAAAGCGCAAGCCCACGAGCACCCCAAGUUCCGCGCCUUCGCCGCCCGCUACGGCCAGUCCAUCCAUCAGCUCAACAUGCGUCUCAACGUUGCCCUCCUCCGGAACCCGAACGCCGAGCAGCGCGCAAAAGAAAAGGCGGAGGCUCCAACGGUCAAGACGAAGGAGCAAGUCGAGAAGGAGGAGGCGGCCAAGGCGCGGCAGGCCAAGCUCGAGGCCGAGAACCCCGACGCCGCGAAACGGAAACCCCUCGUUCCCCCGGCGUCGUCGGGAACCUCCUCGUCCACCUCAUCCUCCUCGGCUUCGGGAAGCGGCAGCAGCAGCACCGCCAGCGGUUCCGGCAGCACUAGCAGCUCAGCAAAGGAAAAGCCCAGGAGCAUCUGGCGCCGCAAGUUCCGUCCCCUCCCCGAGAACAAGGCCGUCGACCUAUUUGCCGAUGUCAUCGGCGACGCCUUCAUCCUCGGCGUCGCGAGCGCCAUCAUCGUCUACGAGUACUGGAAGGCAUCGCAGAAGCCCGACCAGAACGCCGAGCGCAUCCGCGUCCUCGACGAGAAGCUCGAGGAGCUGACGCGCCGGGAGCGCGAGCUGGCUGAGCGCGAGGAGGAACGCUCCCAGCGGUACCUCGCCAUGGAGGCCGCGCUGCGCGACCUGAGGGACCCCAAGACCAAGAAGCCGCUGCUGCCGAGCCUGCAGCUGCCGACACAAACGCAGUCCCCUACGCCAACGGCGGCAUGA